AUGACGAUUAAGCUGGUUGUUGGAGGGUUUAUUUUGCACAUUAUUAGUGCUUACGCGCCGCAAGCGGGCUUGGGCAAGGAGGAGAAAAGACGUUUUUGGGAGGAUUUGGACGAGAUGAUGGGAAGUAUACCGUCCACUGAGAAGCUAUUCAUCGGAGGAGAUUUCAAUGGGCAUAUUGGGUCAAUUUCAGGGGGAUAUGACGAUGUGCAUGGAGGUUGUGGUUUCAGGGACAGGAACGGAGGAGGAGUUGCACUGUUGGAUUUUGCAAAAGCCUUUGGGCUGAUGGUGGCCAAUUCGAGAAGUCGAGUACCGGAUGAAGUUAGGUGCUAG